AUGUGGAUCUUACCUCUGGUCGGUUAUCUAGGCCUUGCGCUUGGAUUCUCCUUNUUGACACUUGCGAUCGCAUCUGGACUGUACUAUCUCUCGGAGCUGGUGGAAGAACAUACCGUUCUGGCCAAAAAGCUCUUGACUCGCUUGAUAUAUCUGGUCGUCGCUGUUCAGGUUCUGCUGGCUCUUUUCGACAAGUUCCCGCUCGGACUCUCGGCUCUCGCUAUCGCCAGUCAUGGCGUAUACCACCAAAAUCUACGCCGCUUUCCUAUUGUCAAGCUCACUGACCCUGUCUUCUUGCUGUCGUGUGGUACACACUACAACUACUACGCCCCGAACGAGUCUGCUCCAAGCUUCACCGAAGUCGCCGCUUUCUUUGGAAUCCAAGUUUGGCUUGUGCCUUUCGCACUCUUCGUCUCGCUAUCUGCUGGUGAAAACGUCCUGCCGAGCAUGGGCAGCGAGUAUGCUACAGGCGCUGGCAGCAGUUUCAUUUCUGCUGGAAAAGAACCCGACCACGCCGCUACUGCUUAUCCUGGUGCGCGCAGAUCGCGCUCUGGAACGAAUGCUGGUAUGGCCAAGGCUGCCGUGAAUGGCGUUCGUGAAUGGAUUGGAGAGACAGGUGAACUCAUGGGUUUCUGGAGAGGCGAGCGGACGAGGCCUUUCUGA